AUGGAACAAAGGAGGGGUGACGCUUGUGCCCUAGGCACGGGGCAGGGUGCUGACCUGGGGGUGGGGGGAUUGAGUUACAGCAGAUGCGGUGGGCGCUACACAGGCUCAUCUGGCUCCAUCUCCUCACCUAACUACCCUGGCUAUUAUGACAACAACCUGCACUGUACCUACAUCAUUGAUGCAGGAGAGACAUUGGUCACUCUUGUGUUUGAAGAUUUCCUUAUAGACCCCUAUUUGGAGGAUUUUGUCGAGGUUUAUGACGCCUCCGACAACCUCCUUGUCCAGCUAAGUGGAGACAGACGGGGCUACAUUGUCCAGUCAGCCGUCUACUACCGUGUUGUGUUUACUACGGAUGGAUAUUAUACCUGGAAGGGAUUUAAGGCUGUAUGGACAGUUACUUCAUCUGCAUAUGCCAGGUUUGGCGGCUAUGCCACAUUGUCAUGGACUCUCCCGGAUCCUGGGACCAGUGAGUUCAGUGUGUGUAAAAGUGAGACAAAGACAUGCCUUCUUCACGUCACAGGCCACAAUGAUGUCAGAGCCGCCAGUGAUAAGUUCACAUCUAGAGUGAGAUUCAUUGGACACGUGUCAUCAUCAGGAACCGGUCUGUUCAGAUUCGUGCUCUCUGAUGUAACUUGGGAAGACGAAGGUCAUUACAUGUGUUACAGAGGCUCACCAGACUCAGGAGGACCAAUCAUCCCUGACUGUGGACAGAAUCUGCUAAUACUGGGAUGCGGUGGGCGCUACACAGGCUCUUCUGGCUCCAUCUCCUCACCUAACUACCCUGGCAAUUACGACAACAAGCUGUUCUGUACCUACAUCAUUGAUGCAGGAGAGACACUGAUCACUCUCGUGUUUGAAGACUUCAUUACAGAGUCAUCGAAUGAUGUUGUCAAGGAUGCGGAGGGCGCUACACAGGCUCAUCUGGCUCCAUCUACUCCCCUAACUACCCUGGCCAUUAUGGCUACAACCUGCACUGUACCUACAUCAUUGAUGCAGGAGAGACAUUGAUCACUCUUGUGUUUGAAGAUUUCUUUAUGGGUAGU